UGGCAUUCGCUUAAGAAAAUGUGAACCUAACUUAUGUUUGAUGGACAAUAAAAAUUGUUAAUUGGAAAACUCAGUUGCAAGUGUACAACACAUACCAAAUACGUAGUAAAAUAUCUGAAAAGUUUAUUUAAAGAUGAGAAAAUUAAUCUGGAAUUGCCACGUCACAUUGUGAUCCCUUGAAUGUCCUCAAUCAAAUCAAAGUAGUUCAUCUUCCUCAUCCAAUCCAAAUUACAGUUAAAAAAAAAGAAAGUAAAAAACAAUUCGUCCAUUAGAUCUCAACAUUCCAAUAUUUACAUACAAUUCCAACAAGAGUAACAGUAGCUAACAAUUAGAAGUGAGGAUGGAGAAACAGUCAAUGGUGAUUGAGCACAAGUCAUAUGCUAGAGUUGGACUUCUUGGAAACCCUAGCGAUGUUUAUUAUGGGAACACCAUUUCAUUCAGCCUCGGUAACUUUUGGGCUUCUGUUCGUUUGGAGCCUUCUGUAGAUCUCGUCAUUGUUCCUCAUCCUUCACAUGAUCUCGUUCAAUUCAAUUCUAUUUCUCACCUGGUGAACAGGUUGCAGAAUGAAGGGUAUUAUGGAGGGGUGCGUUUACUUAUGGCAAUCGUUAAAAUAUUUCACAACUAUUGCAAGGAGAACAACAUCACCUUACAUGACGGGAAUUUUACUCUCUCAUAUGACACUAACAUUCCCCGCCAGACAGGGCUUUCAGGUUCUAGUGCAAUCGUAAGUGCUGCACUGAGUUGUCUUCUUGACUUUUACAAAGUUAGACGUCUCAUCAAAGUUGAGGUAAGGCCGAGCCUAGUCCUUAACGCAGAAAAGGAACUUGGAAUUGUUGCAGGUCUUCAAGAUAGAGUAGCACAGGUGUAUGGAGGUGUUGUAUAUAUGGAUUUUGGCAAGAAUCACAUGGAUGAAUUGGGUCAUGGUAUAUAUACACCCAUGGAUAUUGAUCUUCUCCCACCUCUUUACCUGAUCUAUGCAGAAAAUCCCAGUGAUUCUGGAAAGGUACAUAGUACAGUUAGACAAAGAUGGUUAGAAGGUGAUAAAUUAAUAAGAUCAACCAUGGAAGAGGUUGCAAACAUAGCUGUGGAGGGACGAAAAGCUAUUCUUGAGAAGGACUACAAUAAGCUGGCAGCCCUCAUGAAUCAUAAUUUUGACCUGAGAAGGCGUAUGUUUGGAGAUGAUGCUCUUGGAGCUAUGAAUAUAGAGAUGGUUGAAAUUGCUCGAAGGGUAGGUGCUGCUUCCAAGUUCACAGGAAGUGGUGGUGCUGUGGUCGUGUUCUGUCCGGAUGGACCUUCACAAGUGAAGCAGCUGGAGGACGCAUGCCACAGUGCUGGUUUCGCUUUCCAACCAGUUAAAGUUAUGCCUUCGUUUCUAAACGAAAUUGAUCUUCAAACUGUGGGGUCAAAGUGAAAACCAUGACCUGUUUUCCAAUUCUGUAGCCCUCUGUAUUCGUUGCUUCUUUCACCUUUCAUUGGUAUAUGCUAUAAACUUAUCAUGAAGUAUGUCGCGACCAUUCAGUCAAGUCAAGGACGCUUCUUAUAAACGACUCAAGGACAGAAAAUACUCGCAACAAAAGUUUUUGUUUGUUUGUUUUGAUAA